AUGGUGAUGGCCGACAUGACGGUGGUGGAAACAGCAGCACCAGAGGGACAAACUUCAUCCUUCUUCACCGUCCAAGCAGGAGACAAAAUAACUUUGUCUUGUGAAAAUAUAAGAAAAGAUCAGAAAAGCUGUGACAGGACAACGUGGACGUACAGAAACUUUAUGCAGGAAGGGACCAUCUUUGAAAAUGGGCAAAUGAACAAAAAUACAAUACCUGAUUCCAGUAGACUGAGCUUAACAGCGAACUGCUCUUUGGUUAUAAAGAAGAUCACGCUUCAGGAUGCUGGGAUUUACACCUGCAAACAAAACCUGCUGGCAAAUCAAGAGUCUCUGGUUGAUGUGUCUGUUAUUAGAGUGAGUGAACAGGAGAAUAAUGGAGAUGUUAGCUUGCGCUGCUCUUUACAGGAACAUAACUACUGCACUCACACAGUAGAGUGGGUGUUUGAGCAGAAAAUGCCCUCAGGUGUAGAGGUAUUAUCAUAUUCCUGUUUGGCCACUGUGACAUUUACAACAUCUCUGUUCAAUCAAAAGUCAAACAUUUAUGAGUUACUGAAAUGCAAAGUGACAGAUAAAACCACUGGAGAGGUUCAGCUGUUCAGCUUCAGGCCUCCGUCCUUCGAUGAGGAAGACGGAGAAAAAGAUGCAACAGCCACAGCAAAAACAACAACAAACACAGCAACUUUACUCACCACAAGAAAACCAACAAUCGCCACAGCAACAACAGCGAAUCUGCCAUCGGUCAGCAGGAAAUGGACGAGUCUCGAAGGCAAUGCAACAGACAACAGGACGUAUUCUAGGCAUCAAGAUUUCAUCUAUUUUUUAAGAUGCAUCAUUGUGUCUGUGGGUUUGGCAGCUCUCCUAAUGUUGGUUGUUGCAGUCAACAAGUGGGCAAAAGCUAAAGAACACAACUGGAAAAAAAGGAACCAAAUAAAGAAAAUGAAAACAUUAGAGCCCAAACUCAACGUCAACACAACUUCCUGUGGGAUUCGGACCGACUACUGACGUUCCUCUGACCUUUAAGGUCACUAAAACUGAAAAACAUUGUAUUCAGGAGAGCAUUUCCUCCGCCGGUUGGAUUCUCACUGGGACUGUGGAGUCAAACCCAAACACCUAAUGCUGCUUCAUGAUUGUGCAACAACAACUGUGACGCGCUAGAAAGUCUCAUGAUUGUUGUCCGCAAAUCAAUGAACUGUGUGAUGCCAGAAGCUCCAACUCAACCAAUUCAGUUCUGUUCAAUACAAAAUGUUGGUGUUACAGAUUACUUUAGAUUCUUGAAGGAGUUAUUGAAGAUGAUGAUGGCUGUUGGCGGGAAAGAUCUCCUAUCUUUAUCCUCUGAACCUCUAAUUGAGCCGAGGUCAGGAAUGGUCUGGUACCGAUUGGUUGUAUGUUGGUUCCCAGCCAACCCAACAGCGACCUGAACACUCGGGCCUUCCCCACUCAGCUCCUGCAGACUAGCAGCAGCAUUUAGCAAACACCUGGUGGAACUGUGCAUCUGAGGAGCUCAUCAUACAAGCUACUUAUCCAGCCAACGUCCCUGCCGGUUGUAAAAUGGUAUAAAAGAAAGACAUCGCAGUGACAACAUGCGGAAAGAGGAGGAACUUCUUGAAGAGACAAAGGACCAAUUUCAAGGUGUCAA